AUGCCAUAUGACCACAGGACACUUCAUUUGAGAAGACGAGACUCUAUUCCUCUUCAUCAAAUUCACACGAUGCCACAAUCUUUUAGAAGGUGGAACAAAGAUGACGACGUGAACUACAGAAAGACAAGAGACAUUUUUAUCGAUAGAGGUUACGAUGUACCCCCAAAUUUAGAUUCAGUCAUGGAUACCCUUAGAAGUGACAGAAGUGAUCCAAUGAGGGACCAAAAAGCAGAUCAGUUGAGAGAUGUUCGGGAUCAGAAGAAUAUGGAAAGCAAGCAGUCACAACUGGAGAAGUUUCGACGAGAAUUGAGAUGGUUAACGAUUAACACAGAUGAAGGUAUCGGUAUAGGUAUACGAUGA